AUGCAAGGCCGCUUCGCCAUUGCGCUAUUCCUGUGCCCCUCCCCCAGAAGUCCCACCUCCUUCCCUCUGGACCCUGGUAAUCCUAAUAAAAGUGUGAGCAAAUUCAGAGUGCUGUUUCGAGUCUUUUGUCCCACUCGGUGCGCGGACCCCAACAGCCAGUCUCCGUUCCCACAGGCCCGCAAGCGGGAGGGACGCAUCCGCUGCAUUCGCGAGAUCCAGUUGCCGGUACCUGGAAUCUGCUUGCGCGAGGCAGUGGCGGCACCGACGGCCCGAGGAUUCCGGUGA